AUGGAACAGGUACAUGAUAACCAAGUAAAUGAAGAUAAAAGGGAAUGUUAUUUACUACAUCACGCCGUCGUAAAGGAAUCGAGUACGUCGACACGCCUCCGAGUUGUUUUUGAUUUGUCGUGCAAAACUAGUAGUGGUAUAAGUUUAAAUUACGUAUUAAUAAAAGGACCCGUAUUGCAAGACGAAUUGAUAUAUAUACUCGCACGUUUUCGAAUACAUAACUUUGUAUUAUCGGCGGACAUUACAAAGAUGUAUAGGCAAUUUUGGGUGGCUGAUGAACAUAGGACGUUUCAACGUAUAUUGUGGCGUACUGAUCCACAGGAAAACAUAAGGAUAUUUCAGCUUAAAACAAUUACGUAUGGGACCGUUCCCGCGUCUUUCAUGGCCACCGGGUGCUUACAUAAACUAGCGGAGUCUCAGGACGUCGACCCCGUAAUAUCAGAAGUGAUAAAACGUGAUUUUUACAUGGAUGAUUUUUUAGGAGGCACUAGCUCUUAUGAAGCAGCCAGUCAGUUACGAGACGGUCUAAUCAAAACAAUGCUAUCUGCCGGUUUAGAACUACGGAAGUGGACGUCGAAUAAUAUAAAUUUAAUUAAAGGUAUAUCGAACAAUCAGGAAGGUAAUAAAACUAUACCCAUAAGCGACGACAAUGCGAUAACGAAGGUACUUGGUUUAUUUUGGAACUCCGAUAUCGAUGCAUUUCAAUUCGAAGUAAAGGCAAAUAAUUUCAAGUUCAUAAAUCAUAUUCCGAAACGAUUAAUAUUAUCUGAAAUCGCAUGUCUAUUCGACCCGUUAGGUUUAGUCGGUCCUGCGAUUAUACAGGCCAAGUUAAUGUUGCAACAAUUGUGGCGAUUAAAAAUACAAUGGGACGACCGGUGUAUUCCCAGUUCGCCGACACCCAAUUCGCCGACAUCCGGUUCGCCGACACCCAGUUCACCGAAAUCCAGUUCGCCGACACCCAGUUCACCGACACACAAUUUGACAACACCCAAUUUGAAAAAGUACAGUUCAGUUAUAUAA